GGAGGAUAUUUAGUCUCGGAGGGAAAGUGUCUCAACCACCCAUGGGUGUGCUGUGCUGUUCCUGAGUUUAGAAUACUAAUUCAACAUAGAAAAAAGAAGGACGCGUCUGGCUCUUGUGUUCAUCUUAUCAGUUUGGGACGCUAAGCAAAGUGACGUUGCUGUCCACACUGUGAAGAGAAAACGGUCCCAUUCUUAAAAGUGGACACAAGGAGAAUCUGGGAAGCUAUGAUGGAGAAGUGGAGAACCUGAGAACUCCAGGAUGGACAUCGGGACAUGUCGACAGCUAUUCCUGGGAUUACUUGUAUAUUACAGCGCAUUGUUCGUCUCAACAGAGGUGUCCCCCCCAGAUGGCAACUUAAAUAUUGUACAUAUUUCAGCCCCGCUGUCGUGCUCUGAUGGCUUCACAGAGCUGGGCUACUACAAUGGCUCUGUAGCUCAGACGGAUUCUGGCUCCCCCUGCCUGAAGUGGACCGAGUUUCCCGACUACGUCCUGCAGUACCCUGGCAGAGGACUGGGGGACCACAGCUACUGCCGCAACCCAGACCGAGAGUCAAAUCCCUGGUGCUUCUACCGGCAGAGUUCUGGAGCCAUUGGCUGGGCUUACUGUGACUGUCACCAGGGUUCAGCCAGACUGGUGGGAGGUUUGUCUAAGAGUGGCCGGCUGGAGGUGUACCUGAAUGGGCAGUGGGGGGCCGUGUGUGAUACCCACUGGACGGACAGAGACGCCAGCGUGAUCUGUAGACAGCUCGACCUUGGAGAGAUCGGCACGGCACUGCAGCACUCUUACUUUGGCCCUGGUUCUGGACUUUUCCACUAUGAGCGCCUUGGCUGCCAUGGCAAUGAAAACUCCUUGCUGGAAUGUCGAACCAGGAAGUUUAUCUCUGGGGAUUGCAACCAUGGCAAUGAAGCAGGGGUUGUGUGUGUGGAGCCAGAAGGCAAUGGUGCCCCCUUGAGGUUAGUGGGAGGCCUUGAGGAUUUUGAGGGUCGUGUGGAAGUGUACCACGGUGGAAGGUGGGGCACCAUCUGCGACGACCAAUGGGACGACAUCGACGCGGAGGUGGUGUGCAGACACCUAGGUCUUGGAGGAGUUGCAAAGGCUUGGACCUGGGCCCACUUCGGACAGGGCAGCGGGCCCAUCCACUUAGAUGGGGUCCAGUGCACAGGAAAUGAGCUGUCCCUGGAGGAGUGCCCUCACGGAGGCUGGGGUCGGCACAACUGCGACCACAUGGAGGAUGCCGGGGUGUCCUGCAACCCCUACACAGAUGGCGUGGUGAGGCUGGUUGGGGGGGACAGUCCCUGGGAGGGACGUCUGGAGGUCUACCAUUCCGGGGACUGGGGCACGGUGUGUGACGACAGCUGGACAGACCUCAGCGCCCAGGUGGUGUGCCGGCAGCUUGGCUUCAGAGGGCGAGCUGAGUCGUUGCCGAUUAGUACUUUUGGUGAGGGCUCCGGGCUGAUCUAUCUGGAUGAGGUGCGCUGCACCGGCACAGAGGCCUCGCUCCUGGACUGUGCCCACACCGAGUGGGGGCGCCAUGACUGCUCACACUCCGAAGAUGUGGCAGUCCGAUGCGACAGAGGAGGAGAGGCCAACGAGAUCCCAGCAACAGCGCCUGUCUCAGGUCCCUUGGUGAGGCUGGUGGCAGGCGAGAGCAGGAAGGAGGGCCGUGUGGAGGUGUUCCUGAACGGCCAGUGGGGCAGCGUGUGCGACGACGGCUGGAAUGACUUCAGCGCCGCGGUGGUGUGCCGGCAGCUGGGCUUCGUAGGGGUGUCCAAAGCACGGUCCAUGGCCUAUUUUGGGGAGGGCCAAGGUCCCAUCCACCUGGACAAUGUGAGGUGCACUGGCAAAGAGUCCUCCCUGGGCGAGUGCCAGGCUGACGGGCAAGAUGCCCACGACUGUCGCCACAGCGAGGACGCUGGGGUCAUCUGUGACUAUGCCACUGAGCCUGUGGGAGACGGCGCCAUGGCUGCGCCAGUCUGUGGCGUUCGGCCAAACACGCAGCGUCGGAGGAGGAGGAUCAUCGGAGGGGACAAGUCCCUCAGAGGGGAUUGGCCAUGGCAGGUGUCCCUGUGGCUGAGGUCGCAGUCGAAAGGGACUCACCCCCUGUGUGGAGCCACCCUCAUCAACUCCUGCUGGGUGGUCACGGCAGCCCACUGCUUCAAGAGGUUCGGCACUGACCCGUCCCGCUACGUGGUGCGGCUGGGAGACUAUCACACAGUGGAACGAGACGACUUUGAGCGCAGCCUCACCCCCGAGCGCAUCGUCAUCCACAGGAAGUACCACAGCCAGGGCUGGGAGUACGACAUCGCCCUGCUCAAGCUCAAGGGCUCGGAUGGGACCUGCGUGGCCUUCAACCCCCACACCAACGCUGCCUGCCUGCCCGCCCUGAGCAGUAAAAAGGGCAAAAGGCCUGCGGCUUGCGUCAUCACAGGCUGGGGUAUCACAGAUUCCGAGUACUCUCGUACACUUCUGCAGGCCUGGGUUCCCCUACUGCCCUCUUGGAAGUGUAAGAAGCGCUAUGGAAACCGCUUCACCAGCCGAAUGCUGUGUGCGGGCAGCCUGUCAGACCGGCGGCGAGUGGACAGUUGCCAGGGAGACAGCGGGGGUCCACUGGUGUGUCAGGACGAGGGGGGUCGCUGGGUGCUAACGGGGGUCAUAUCCUGGGGUCACGGCUGCGGUGACCCCACCUAUCCCGGCGUUUACACCCGAGUCAGUAGAUUCCUGCGCUGGAUUGAGAAAGAGACCCACAGCUUUGCAAAGGUCUGAUGUUACUGCGGCGGUUGAUGCCGUGACCUCGCUGUUGUGUGGUGGGGAACUGGUAGUCUUUUCCUCCUUGGCGUCUUCUUCAUACCACUUCACCUCCCUGAGCUUCCCUUCAGUCAAACUCAUCACACUAUGCUCAUGCAAAGACAGAACUGUUGAGUGGCCCUCUUUGGUGCUGACACACACACACACACACACACACACACUCACACACACACACAUACAUACACACAAAAACACUGUCAGGUUUCCACUAGAAAGAAGAGAUUACUAGCAUAAAUGUGCCUAGGUGACAACAGUUGCACUAAAUCCGCAUGAUCCUCAGUGCAACAACAACAACCUAAACAUCUGUUGAUGAUUUUCAUGUGUGCUUGAAGUCCCAGAAGUGUCAUUCGUUGGUGCGGUGUUGCAUUUCUGUCCCAGGGUCAAGAGGAAGUGCUCACAAGCAGUAAGACAGUGAACUUGCGGCUUUAAAAUAGCUCCAUUCCACAUUCCUGCUCUGCAUGUAUCCCUGAGCUAUCUCUCGCCACAUGGUCCACCCCUGUCCAAGCCCCAGGAGAGACUAAUACAGUCCUUUAACUCAGAUGCUUCUAUCUUGCAGUGCUUAGCUCUAUGUCUUAGCCUCUUCCCUUUGUUCCUGUACUGUGGUUCCAUCCUCUUUAUGUGUGUUUAAAAACAAAGUUGAUGUCCUCAAUGGGAAAGCAAGAACCUGUGUAGAGAGACUGCUAGUGCAAUCUUGAUACAUGUUGUUCAAUUGAAAGUCAAUGCCAAAUAAUUAUUGUAUUGUAUCAUAUUUAUUUGCUGUACAUAUUACAUGCCUCAGGACUAUAAGCCAUUGUGUGUCAUAAGAGGGUUCCAAACUUGAAGUACAUUUGUUACUUUUUCUGUCUUGCACUUGGUUGCAUUCCAUAUCAUUUGCACCAGGGUCGAGUGUGAGUGCUAUUAAAGUGUAUCACUCUCACCCUACAACAGCUUAAUAAGGCUCUUUUAUUCCAAACAAAUACACACAAUUCCAGAUGAACUGGUACAGAGGCAGGGGAUUGUAGUUAACAUGCCUCUUCACAGGUCAGGCAGAAAUGCUCUCAUAAAAGUUUUGUGGGACAAUGCGUAGACAUACAUUUCAUUAACUAGUAUCUUGUGGCUUGUCAUAUUUAAAAUGGAAAUGCAUGAUAUUGUCUAGUGUUUUAUUGUAAUUUUAAGUUGUACUUUAUUGACCUUAAAGGUCAGGAAACCAUUUAUCUGCUUUGGUUUCUUCAUCCAGGAUUGUCGAUAUUCUGGUACAAGAGUGUUAUGUUGAACAAACGAAAGUGCUGUUUUUCAGUGUCACUUUAAAUGCAAUUCUAAAAGGUCAGAUGUGCCAUAUGUGUAUGCAUUCUAGAUCAUUCUUCAGUCGACCUCCAGAAAGUUAAGAAAUGAGCUGUAUUGAACUUAUCUCAAAUUAUACUGGCUUAACGUUUCUCCUUGGAAGCACGGACACUGCAGUAGUAGCAAAGCCACAGCUGUAUCCAGGAGUAUACAAAGCAUAUAGCCAGGAGUCAGUAUGAAACUCCUACCCCCACAUAAGUUAGAUGGAGGUCUCUCAUUUGACAUCUGUUCUCCUGUCUAGGUCAUUUUAAGACAAUGAAAUGGUCUGUCUCUGAAUGGUAACACACAAUAGUGUAUAAGGCCAUGUCUGUGGUGCAAAACUCUCCUGUUAUCUUGUUGUUGAAAGUGUGCCAUCUCAUUAAACCAUGGUUCCACCAUAUUAAAUGUAUAUCAAGUGAAA